AUGUUCAACCCUUUCAACCCCCCACCAGCGCCGCCAGCGUUUGGCAAAGGGAAGAUACUCCCAGAAAAACAAGCAUCAUGGCCUUCGCGGAUUAUAUUCCACUGGUUAGGCCCAUUCUUGGCAGUAGGAUAUUCGAGGCCAAUUCAACCAGACGAUCUGUGGGAGCUACCACCGAACAAGAGAACGGCACAUCUGACCGAACUCGUACAAAAUAUAUUCUAUGCUCGAUGCCCCCCAGAUAAACGACCGAAUUUCUUUCGAGAGGACCAUGGUGGAGACCAGGGAUCCGGAAUAGGCUCGAAUGGGGAUGCGACCGACGAGGAGAAACCCCACACCAAAUCGAAGGCGACGAAAGCACCUAAGUACGACUCGUCACUGUUCAAGUCGUUGCAUUCUGCAUUCUUUUACCGUUGGUGGAUUGCAGGCAUUUUUUACCUCGGUGCCGAUACAUUGAGGACCACGACACCUCUCGUCACAAAGGUCCUGCUAAACUGGCUGACCGAGUCGUAUAUCUAUCAUCAUCUUCCAGACGAGGUCAAAGCGACGGCGGCGGUUUCUCAGCCUCGGGGCAUCGGCUUUGGCAUUGGUCUAGCGUUCGCACUGUUCGCCAUGCAGCAAAUGGCUAGCUUGCUAAACAAUCAUUUCUUUAUAAUCACAAUGGUCAAUGGUCUAUGCGUUCGAUCAGCGCUUAUAGGCAACAUCUUCCAAAAGUCCCUACGUCUCUCGGGUCGGGCUCGGAUAUCACACAGUGUUGGUCAGAUCACCACGAUGAUCUCGACAGACGCUACUAGACUUGACCGCUUCUCGAUGUAUGUUCAUGGGUUAUGGGUGUCCCCGAUCCAGAUCAUAUUGGGGAUUGGAUUGCUUCUUGGAAACUUGGGGUACUCGGCCUUGGUAGGACUGGGAGUCUUGAUUCUGGGCCUCCCUAUCCAAACGGUGCUGGUGAUGAUUAUGUUUAAGCAACGCAAAAAGGGUGUCAAAUUCACUGACACCCGGCUGAGGCUGACCACAGAGGUCUUGCAAGGCGUCCGCUUACUGAAGGCGUAUGGAUGGGAAAAGUUUUAUAUCCAUCAGCUUGAGCUAUUGCGUAAGAAAGAGAUCCAAGCAUUGAAGAAAACGGCUACAGCACGAGCGGGUAUAAUCGCCUUGAUGUCCUUUGUUCCUGUCCUCGCCGCCGUCCUUUCCUUUAUUACUUACUCUCUGAGCGGUCAUGAGCUUAAUAUUGCCAUCAUUUUCAGUUCGCUGCAACUCUUCAACGUCAUUAGGAUGCCACUUGCGACACUACCGGUUGUUUUUUCAUUUCUGACCGAUGCUCUCGUUGCGUUGGGUCGCAUCUCAAGCUUCCUCCUCGCUGAAGAGCUACCGGAACCCUACCCAAUCAACUAUAACAACAAGAGGGCUAUCACCGUGGACGCGGAUUUUGCUUGGGAAACAGCGGCCAAACUCGAAGACAAGUUCAAUGUGCAUUCCAAGAAGCACAAACACACGAAGGCGGCGAAGGAUGAGAAGAGCAUCCUGCCCACCAAGGCUGCCGAAGCGGAGGGAAGUGUGGAGUCACAUGAGGCGAAAGAACAGCCGUUUGUAUUGAAGAAUCUGUCGUUGGAGAUAGACAGAGGCUCGUUCGUGGCGAUUGUCGGCCGGGUUGGAUCGGGCAAGAGUUCUUUGUUACAAGCGCUCAUAGGCGAGAUGCGGAAGACAAGAGGAGAGGUUAACUUCGGAGGCUCCGUGUCAUACGUACCUCAAAGAGCUUGGAUUCAAAACGCUACCCUUCGCGAAAAUAUCCUCUUCGGACACGCCAUGGAUGAAUCCAGGUUCCGACAAGUCAUCAAGGCCUGCAGCCUCGAGCAUGACAUCGCGAUGCUUCCGCAAGGAGAGGAAACGGAGAUAGGGGAGAAGGGUAUCAAUCUGAGUGGCGGACAGAAGGCCCGAGUCUCCCUGGCACGCGCUGCUUACUCCGAUACCGAUAUUGUUCUCUUAGAUGAUCCGCUCUCUGCUGUCGACGCUUAUGUAGGGAAGGAUAUUCUCGAUAACUGCCUGCUGCGUGGCCCGUUGGCAGAUCGUACUCGAGUGCUUGUGACACACGCUCUUCACGUUCUUGACAAGGUCGAUUAUAUCUAUGUCGUAAACGACGGCGUACUUGUCGAGCAAGGAACAUACGAAGCUCUGAUGAAGGAUAGUGUCUCCUUCGGCCGACUGAUUGAAGAAUUCGGUUCAAUGGAAGAAGACAAAGAGGAUGAGCAGCCUCGUCGGGAAACGCCAGAAUUUAACCUCAGGGUGCAGAAAGGAGCAGCGGCCGGUGAGAUGAAGAACGCAGCUCUCAUGCAGACCGAAGAGAGGAAUGUUGGCGCUGUGACUUGGGACACCUAUGCUAAGUACCUUCGGUUUGGCGGCGGAAUAUUCUGGGCCCCAUUUUUAUUGUCCCUCCUCGUGCUGAAUCAAGCUGCCGCUGUCGGGAAUAAUCUGUUCUUGGGAUUUUGGACAAGUCAAACUAUUCCUGGAUUCACUCAGGGGUCAUAUAUGGGAGUUUAUGCCAGCCUCGGUGUCGCUAAUGCAUUGUUUUCGUUCUUGCUGGGGAUGUCGUUCUCCUUCGCUGCGUUGAUUGCUGGCUUCAAUCUGUUCAGAGCUGCUUUGAAAGCUGUUUUGCAUUCGCCAACGUCUUUCUUUGAUACGACGCCGAUGGGACGUAUUCUUUCUCGGUUGUCAAAGGAUCAGGACACUUUAGACACGGAACUGUCCAUAACUCUCUAUCAGUUCCUGAACACAUUCAGCUCUAUCCUCGGCACAGCUGGCUUGGUGUUCUACACAUUCCCGUACCUUGGGAUCAUGUUUGCGCCAAUGGCGGUACUGUAUUAUGGGAUAUCGGUCUAUUAUAGGCGAACUUCUGUCGAGACGAAACGACUAGACUCGUUAAUGCGAUCUGCAUUAUACUCAUCGUACUCAGAAACAUUAACUGGCCUGUCGACAAUACGAGCCUACCGAACCCAGGACACUGCGGUGACGCAUGCUCAUGAAGGACUUGAUAUGGAGAAUCGGGCAUAUUAUAUGACCGUUUCCAUACAACGAUGGCUUGCCCUCCGGCUCGAUGUCUUCGGUAACGUACUGGUCUUCGGCAUUGCUCUUUUUGCCGCUGGCUUCCGCGAAACCGUGAACCCGGCCAGGAUUGGCGUCGUGCUCACAUACACGUUAAGCAUAACCCAGGUGUUCUCUGAAAUGGUGAAUCAAUUCGCACAAAAUGAGCAAAACAUGAAUGCCGUCGAGCGGAUACUAGUGUAUACCGAGUUACCUCCUGAAGGAGACCUCACGACACCAAACGACCCUCCAGAGUCAUGGCCUGAAAAAGGAGAGAUCGAGUUCUCUAAUGUCGAGUUCGCAUACAGAGAAGGGUUGCCUCUUGUCUUGAAAGAUAUCAGUUUCAAGGUUAGGGCUGGGGAGAAGAUUGGUAUUGUCGGCCGGACAGGGUCAGGCAAGAGUUCAUUACUUCAGGCGCUCUUCAGGACGGUCGAACUCCGGGGUGGAAAAAUAGAGAUCGACGGACAAAACAUUGGCACCAUAGGCCUUAGCGUGCUUCGCCGGAAGCUUGCACUUGUGCCCCAAGACAGCACCUUGUUUCUGGGGACGCUGAGAGAGAAUCUAGAUCCUGAAGCGUCCCGGACGGAUGCAGAGCUGAUAUCUGUUCUUCAAAGGGCGUGGUUACUCCCCCGAGAUGGCCGCAGCGACCCCAACGCCGAAGCAAAGUUUAGCCUCGAAUCGACUAUUGGUGACGAAGGUUCCAAUUAUAGUGUUGGAGAACGCCAACUCCUAGCACUAUGUCGUGCACUCGUAAAGAACAGCAAAAUCAUUGUCCUGGAUGAAGCAACCAGCAGCGUGGAUGUGGAGACAGAUGCCAAGCUGCAGCAGACGAUCCAAACUGAAUUCGGGACUUCUACCCUGUUGUGCAUCGCCCAUCGAUUGAAUACCAUCGCUUACUACGACCGAGUACUCGUCAUGGAUAAUGGGAAGGUGGCUGAAUUCGAUACAGUCCUCAACCUAUUCGAUAAGGAGGACUCCAUCUUUCGGUCGCUUUGCAAUGAAGCCUCGCUCUCUCGUCAAGAUAUCGUUCGUAUCAGAUCAGACUCCGGUUUUUCUAGUAACUAG